CUCUGAUGAAGGAAGUACCAACCUGCUGCUGUCCAGAACAGCGCUGGUAGCACUAGGUCUCUAUCUGGCCAUGGAGGCGGAGCCGCCGCUCUACCCUGUGGCAGGGACCGCAGGCCCUCAAGGGGAUGAAGACCGGCUCGGAGUUCCCGAUGGGCCAGAGGCUCCGCUGGACGAGCUGGUGGGCGCGUACCCCAACUACAACGAGGAGGAGGAGGAGCGGCGCUACUACCGCCGCAAGCGCCUCGGCGUGAUCAAGAACGUGCUGGCGGCCAGCGCGGGCGGCACGCUCACUUACGGCGUCUACCUGGGCCUUCUGCAGAUGCAGCUGAUCCUGCACUAUGACGAGACCUACAGGGAGGUGAAGUACGGCAACAUGGGGCUGCCGGACAUCGACAGCAAGAUGCUGAUGGGUAUCAACGUGACCCCCAUCGCUGCCCUGCUCUACACACCUGUGCUCAUCAGGUUUUUCGGUACCAAGUGGAUGAUGUUCUUAGCUGUGGGCAUCUAUGCCCUCUUCGUCUCUACCAACUAUUGGGAACGCUACUACACGCUGGUGCCCUCUGCUGUGGCUCUUGGCAUGGCCAUAGUGCCUCUCUGGGCCUCCAUGGGUAACUAUAUCACCAGGAUGUCCCAGAAGUUCUACGAAUACUCCCACUAUAAGGAGCAGGAUGAGCAGGGGCCUCAGCAGCGGCCUCCACGCGGCUCCCACGCACCCUAUCUCUUGGUUUUCCAGGCGAUCUUCUAUAGCUUCUUCCAUUUGAGCUUCGCAUGCGCCCAGCUGCCCAUGAUUUACUUCCUUGACAACUACCUGUAUGACCUGAACCACACACUGUUCAACGUGAAGAGCUGCGGCACUAAGAGCUAUGGCAUCCUGACGGGCUUCAACAAGACGGUUCUACGGACCCUGCCUCGCAGCCGAAACCUCAUUGUUGUAGAGAGCGUGCUCAUGGCAGUGGCCUUCUUGGCCAUGCUGCUGGUGCUGGGCCUGUGUGGAGCCGCUUACCGGCCCACGGAGGAGAUCGAUCUGCGUAGCGUGGGCUGGGGCAACAUCUUCCAGCUGCCCUUCAAACAUGUGCGUGACUUCCGCUUACGCCACCUGGUGCCCUUCUUUAUCUAUAGCGGCUUUGAGGUGCUCUUUGCCUGCACUGGUUUUGCCCUGGGCUACGGCGUGUGCUCCGUGGGGCUGGAGCGGCUGGCCUACCUGCUCAUAGCUUACAGCCUGGGUGCCUCAGCGGCCUCGGUCCUGGGGCUGCUGGGACUGUGGCUACCUCGCUCUGUGCCCCUCGUGGCUGGGGCAGGGCUGCACCUGCUGCUCACUCUCAGCCUCUUUUUCUGGGCCCCGGCGCCUCGAGCCCUCCAGCACAGAUGGAUCCUUUACUUCGUGGCUGCCCUCUGGGGUGUGGGCAGUGCCCUCAACAAGACCGGACUUAGCACACUCCUGGGCAUCCUAUAUGAGGACAAAGAGAGGCAGGACUUCAUCUUCACUAUCUAUCACUGGUGGCAGGCUGUGGCCAUCUUCGUUGUGUACCUGGGCUCCAGCUUACCCAUGAAGGCCAAGCUAGCAGUGUUGCUGGUGACCCUGGUGGCAGCAGCAACCUCAUACCUGUGGAUGGAGCAGAAGUUGCAGCAGGGACUGGUCCCGAGACAGCCGCGCAUUCCGAAACCACAGCACAAAGUGCGUGGCUACCGCUACCUGGAGGAGGACAACUCAGAUGAGAGUGAGAUGGAGGCUGAGCAGGGCCAGAGGGACUGUGCAGAGGAGGAAGACGCACAGCUGGGGUCCCAGGGUGAGGAGUCAGCUGGCCCCUGCCGCAGGCCUUGUCCCUAUGAGCAGGCUCUGGGUGGUGAUGGGCCCGAGGAGCAGUAAGGGACCAGGGUGGCCAGCCUGACCCUCAGACUCAGUUUUCCAGCUUCCCAGCCUCAGUUUACUGUGUCUCAGGUUGAAGAUCCCUCCUGAGUCACGCGCCAUCUGCCAGAAGGACAUUUUUCCGCUCUCAGAGGCUGGGGUCACCUGGAACUUCCUCCAGGGAAAUGAGGGUCACCCUCCAGGACCCCUAUUCCUAAUCAAGGGGUAUGCCUCGGCCUAAAUCCGUGAGAUCCCCUUCCUGCACGCCACACCUCAGGUCACGCUCUGUCUUAUGACAGCUUUUGACUGCAGUUUCUAUUUCUUGCCUAGGGGUUCCCCCACCUCA